UCAACUUUUGAAUUUUUCAAAAAUCAAAGUUAAAAAAUGUCGUUGAUUAUCACGGAUUCUUAUUCAAAAAGUUUCGAAGAUGCUACGUCGAUUUACGAUUUUAGUGCUCAUGAUGCUACAGGAAGCUUAGUUAAUUUCAAGGAGAUGUAUUUUAACAAAGUUUGUCUCAUUGUGAACGUUACCGUAAAAGGAAAAGAUGCCGUGACUUUAUUAAAGAAAUUGAACAAAAUUAGGAGUUCGUUUAGUAAAAAAGAUUUUGCAAUUUUGGUGUUUCCGUGUUUCCAAUUUGGCGCCUCCGACACCGUUAAAGGACUUGUAAAUUUUUUGAAAGAAAAUUCAUUGGAAAAUAUGUUUGAUGUCUUUAAUGAAGUUCAAGUUAAUGGACCUGAUGCCUCCGAAAUGUACAAGUAUUUGAAAAUCAAGCAACGUGGAUUUAUGGGAGGAAUUAUCAACAAGAAUUUUACCAUGUUUUUGACGAACAAAAAUGGCGAGCCUGUACAAAGAUUGAUGCCAACAGUACCUGCUGAUAUAAUUAUUAAAGAAAUAAGGGGAUUGAUAUAAAGUGUUGUGUGUUAUAAUUAUUCGAAUUUAAUAUUAAAAUGAAUCAUCAUCACGAUAGAAG